CAAAAGAUGUGUUGAGGGUUGUGUUAGCGCCAAAUGUUAUUUUAAAAUACGUAUGUUGUUUUGUUAAAUAAACUUUUAUAGAAUCGUUAUUUCGUCUUAUUAUUCGAAAUGCCUCCAACAACUGAUGGGUUUUGGGGCAAACCUACUUCCACAAUCGAUUGGUGUGAAGAAAAUUAUGUAUAUAGUUAUUAUAUUGCAGAGAUGACCAAUACUAUAAGCAACCUUAUGAUGAUCAUACCCCCUUUGUGGGGAAUGUUCGAAGUGAUCAAACAAGGUUUCGAAAGAAGAUUUGUAUAUUGCCAUUUCCUGGUGCUGAUUGUUGGACUUGGUUCUUGGGCCUUCCAUAUGACUUUAUUGUAUGAAAUGCAACUUUUUGAUGAACUUCCAAUGGUUUGGGGAACUUGUGUUCUUGUUUACUGUUUAUCAGAAGUUCAAAAAACACCAGCCAAAGGGCAGUUCUCAAAUCUUCCAUUGUUUAUUUUUUUAUCCUCCUUUGCAAUACUUUUCACUGCCUUAUAUCUCCUUUGGCCACAACCAGUUUUUCAGCAUGUAUCUUAUGGUGUUUUGGUUCUGACAUCUUAUGCCCUAGAAAUACGUUUAUUAAAAAUUAAAGGAUGCCAAAUUUGUAAGAAGUUGUUUAUUUUAUCUACAACAAUAUAUCUUUUUGGAUUCCUGUUGUGGAAUAUUGAUAAUCUCUUCUGCAGUAAUUUAAGAUCAUUGAGAAUGAAAAUUCCGUCAGCAUUUGAUCCUUUAACACAACUACAUGGUUGGUGGCAUUGUUUGGCUGGAUAUGGAACAUAUCUACAAGUUCUUUUUACGAUUCAUGCAUCUUACGAUUUCAGGCAUGAAAAGCGACAAAAGAAUCUUGAAUUGCUUCCAUGCCAUUAUGGUUUUGGUUUGCGUUGGUUUCAGAAAGCAAAUCACUUUUGAUACAAAAUUUCCUUGCCUUAUUGGGGUUAGGUCUGUAUUACUUAUAUGUGGUUUAAAUUUUUGCUCUUGUACUUUGGCAAGGCUUCCAUGUGUUAAUAUUUGAUGCUCUUCUAUUACCAUCUUACACCUGGGUCUGCCGUAAAUGCAAUGUGAUUAGUCACGGUUUAGAUUAGAGUGCCUUUGUUAGUGUACCUCAUUAACCAAAGAUAAUCAUAUUUUUUUGGUGAUAGAUUGAUUACCUGUUAUGGCUGUUUACCUUAAUUAACUCUUAAUUUAAAUCAUAGAUAAUAUAUUAUAUAUCUACCUGAUUAAAAGAAGUUGGGGCUUAAUAGUUUUCAAAAUAUUAAUUUAUUUUAAUAAAUUGUUUUAAUUUUAAUAUAGACUAUGAAUAUUAUAUAGCCUAGAAU